AGCCUCAUUUGCAGCCUCGUACAAUUCCAAUGUCGGACAAAUCAAGGAUCAAAUCAGUAAGGUAAAUGGGUCUACUUCCAAUCAGACUGAGAUUCCAGAACCAUCGUUCAACACAAUUGCUGUGUGCUUCAUUCCACUUCAUUCCAAAUUCGGGAUAUUUUUCACAGAUUUUGAGCAGCAAUAAGAAUUUGAGCAAGUGUUUACCCUUUACACUUAGGACCCGUAAAUCAGUAGUUAGAGCACUUGCCACUGAAUCAGCAUCACCAGCAGCAGCAAAGAUGGUCAAAGCCAUUCGAGUCCAUGAGCUUGGUGGACCUGAGGUCUUGAAAUGGGAAGAUGUGGAAGUAGGAGAGCCAAAGGAGGGAGAGGUUCGUGUGAAGAACAAGGCCAUUGGGAUUAAUUUCAUUGAUGUAUACUUCCGCAAAGGCGUUUAUAAGGCUGCUACGGUUCCCUACACCCCAGGUGUUGAGGCUUGUGGAGUUGUGACAGCUGUCGGACCAGGACUAACAGGCAGGCAAGUUGGAGAUCUUGUAGCCUAUGCUGGUCAGCCAAUGGGCUCAUAUGCUGAAGAGCAGAUCCUUCCUGCAAACAGAGUUGUGCCUGUUCCUCCUUCCAUUGAUCCUACUGUUGCUGCAUCCCUCUUGCUCAAGGGUAUGACAGCUCAGUUUCUACUACGCAGCUGUUUCAAGGUUGAACCUGGACACACAGUCCUUGUCCAUGCAGCAGCUGGUGGAGUUGGAUCCCUUUUAUGCCAGUGGGCUAAUUCCCUUGGUGCCACUGUCAUUGGAACUGUAUCUACUAAAGAGAAGGCAGCUCAAGCCAAGGAGGAUGGAUGUCACCAUGUCAUAAUCUAUAAGGAAGAGGACUUUGUUGCUCGAGUGAAAGAAAUAACAUCUGACAAUGGGGUGGAGGUUGUUUAUGAUUCUGUAGGGAAGGAUACUUUUGAGGGAUCACUGGCAUGCUUGAAGACUCGUGGAUACAUGGUGAGUUUUGGGCAGUCAUCAGGUGCACCAGAUCCGGUUCCAUUGUCAGCCAUUGCAGUGAAGUCACUGUUCUUGACUAGGCCUAGCCUCUUUCAUUACGCUGUAACUCGAGACGAAUUGCUAGGGAUGGCGGGAGAGGUAUUUGGUAAUGUUCAAUCAGGUGUAUUGCGGGUUCGAGUAAAUCACACCUACCCAUUGUCUCAAGCAGUACAGGCACACGAAGACCUUGAGAAUAGGAAAACAUCUGGAUCUGUUGUGCUUAUCCCCUAAGGCAAAUAUGAGUUUGGUCUGUACAUUUUAAAGGCUGUGUGGUGUGUGUGAAAAUGAAUAAGGAACGUUUGCCUUCAUGUUCAGGAUAGAUGCUGUGCGAAAUGAAAUGGAUGUCUCCGACUGCAGUCAUCAAGAGACUUUGUUAAGCUAGCAAUAAAAACAAGAAAAACUGGACUUUUUCCAUCUUGCUGAUUUCUAAGUUUUAUCUUGAAUUUAUUGUAAUCUAUUGCAAGUACAGAUUUUCUUUUUCUUUGUAUAAUUGUGAAAAUGGUGUAUUAUAACAAGGAGGAUAAUGACAUCAAGGCUUAAAAGAGUAGAAA